AUGAAGCUACCCGUUGACGACUUGACCCAUCCGGUCUCCACCCAGUCUCCACCCAGUCUAACCCAAGACCCACCCAGUCUCCACCCAGGACCCACCCAGUCUCCACCCAGUCUCCACCCAGGACCCACCCAGUCGCCACCCAGGCUCCACCCAGGACCCACCCAGGACCCACCCAGGACCCACCCAGGACCCACCCAGUAUCCACCCAGGACCCACCAAGUCUCCACCCAGUCUCCACCCAGUCUCCACCCAGGACCCACCCAGUCUCCACCCAGUCUCCACCCAGUCUCCACCCAGUCUCCACCCAGGACACACCCAGGACCCACCCAGGACACACCCAGGACAAACCCAAUCGCCACCCAGGCUCCACCCAGUCUCCACCCAGUCUCCACCCAGGACCCACCCAGUCUCCACCCAGUCUCCACCCAGGACCCACCCAGGACACACCCAGGACAAACCCAGUCUCCACCCAGUCUCCACCCAGGACCCACCCAGUCUUCACCCAGUCUUCACCCAGUUUCCUCCCAGGACCCCUCCAGUUUCCACCCAGGACCCACCCAGUCCCAUCCAGGACCUACCCAGCCUCCACCCAGGACCCACCCAGUCUCCACCCAGUCUCCACCCAGGACCCACCGAGUCUCCACCCAGUCUUCACCCAGUUUCCUCCCAGGACCCACCCAGUCUCCACCCAGGACCCACCCAGUCCCACCCAGGACCUACCCAGCCUCCACCCAGGACCCACCCAGUCUCCACCGAGUCUCCCUCAGUCUCCACCCAGGACCCACCCAGUAUCCACCCAGGACCCACCCAGUCUCCACUCAGGACCCACCCAGUCUCUACACAGUCUCUACCCAGACUCUACCCAGGACCCACCCAGUCUCCAACCAGGCUCCACCCAGUCUCAACCCAGGACCCACCCAGGACACACCCAGGACAAACCCAAUCGCCACCCAGGCUCCACCCAGGACCCACCCAGGACCCACCCAGUAUCCACCCAGGACCCACCCAGUCUCUACCCAGUCUCCACCAGGACCCACCCAGGACCCACCCAGUCUCUACACAGUCUCUACCCAGACUCUACCCAGGACCCACCCAGUCUCCACCCAGUCUCCACCCAGGACAAACCCAGUCUCCACCCAGUCUCCACCCAGGACCCACCCAGUCUCCACCCAGUCUCCACCAGGACCCAUCCAGUCUCCACCCAGGACCCACCGAGUCUCCACCCAGUCUUCACCCAGUUUCCUCCCAGGACCCCUCCAGUUUCCACCCAGGACCCACCCAGUCCCAUCCAGGACCUACCCAGCCUCCACCCAGGACCCACCCAGUCUCCACCCAGUCUCCACCCAGGACCCACCGAGUCUCCACCCAGUCUUCACCCAGUUUCCUCCCAGGACCCACCCAGUCUCCACCCAGGACCCACCCAGUCCCACCCAGGACCUACCCAGCCUCCACCCAGGACCCACCCAGUCUCCACCGAGUCUCCCUCAGUCUCCACCCAGGACCCACCCAGUCUCCACCCAGGACCCACCCAGUCUCCACCCAGGACCCACCCAGUCUCCACCCAGGACCCACCCAGGACCCACCCAGUCUCUACACAGUCUCUACCCAGACUCUACCCAGGACCCACCCAGUCUCCACCCAGUCUCCCUCAGUUUCCACCCAGGACCCACCCAGUCUCCACCCAGUCUCCACCCAGGACCCACCCAGUCUCCAUCCAGGAUCCACCCAGGACCCACCCAGUCUCUACACAGUCUCUACCUAGGACCCACCCAGUCUCCACCCAGUCUCCCUCAGUCUCCACCCAGGACCCACCCAGUCUCCACCCAGUCUCCACCCAGGACCCACCCAGGACCCACCCAGGACCCACCUAGUCUCCACCCAGUCUCCACCCAGGACCCACCCAGUCUCCACCCAGUCUCCACCCAGGACCCAUCCAGUCUCCACCCAGGACCCACCGAGUCUCCACCCAGUCUUCACCCAGUUUCCUCCCAGGACCCCUCCAGUUUCCACCCAGGACCCACCCAGUCCCAUCCAGGACCUACCCAGCCUCCACCCAGGACCCACCCAGUCUCCACCCAGUCUCCACCCAGGACCCACCGAGUCUCCACCCAGUCUUCACCCAGUUUCCUCCCAGGACCCACCCAGUCUCCACCCAGGAACCACCCAGUCCCACCCAGGACCUACCCAGCCUCCACCCAGGACCCACCCAGUCUCCACCGAGUCUCCCUCAGUCUCCACCCAGGACCCACCCAGUCUCCACCCAGGACCCACCCAGUCUCCACCCAGGACCCACCCAGGACCCACCCAGUCUCUACACAGUCUCUACCCAGACUCUACCCAGGACCCACCCAGUCUCCACCCAGUCUCCCUCAGUUUCCACCCAGGACCCACCCAGUCUCCACCCAGUCUCCACCCAGGACCCACCCAGUCUCCACCCAGGACCCACCCAGUCUCCACCCAGGACCCACCCAGUCUCCAUCCAGGACCCACCCAGUCUCCACCCAGUCUCCACCCAGGACCCACCGAGUCUCCACCCAGUCCCACCCAGGACCCACCCAGUCUCUACACAGUCUCUACCCAGGACCCACCCAGUCUCCACCCAGUCUCCCUCAGUCUCCACCCAGGACCCACCCAGUCUCCACCCAGUCUCCACCCAGGACCCACCCAGGACCCACCCAGGACCCACCCAGGACCCACCCAGGACCCACCUAG